GCGGCCCUGUUGCUCUGAUCAUUCAAGUUUUUACUCCGGUUACAUACACAAGUCUCUCUCUCUCACGCUUACAGCCUCUGAGGGCGUCCAGUCACUGCGCUGUGUCGUUCGUGUCUUGGUUUGUCGCGUGAGCUACCCGCGUCCAGUGCCUCAUUUCGAAUCUUUCCUUCGCGGUUUACCAACGACUCGAAACUGCUCCAAGUCGAUCAAGAUGACCGAAAAUGGACGGAAAAGCAGCACGGGGGGGAGGAAAACGAGCAUGUGUUCCGAGGAAGAGAAGAAAUACAUCGUAACAACGGAACGAUGUGGCGAUCUUCACGUGCAUGUGCAGGGUGACCUGAACCAACAAGGCAAGAAAGCAGUCUUUCUUACAGUUCAUGACUUGGGGUGUAAUCAUUCAUCAUUCCAUGACUUUGUGAAUCACCCUUGUAUGUGUGAAAUUAAAGACAGGUCUAUCUUCAUCCACAUUGAUGCUCCAGGCCACGAAGAUAAUGCUCCAGAUCUUCCAGACAGUUUUCAGUUUCCAAUACUGCAGACAUUUGGAGAAGACUUGGGCACGGUGCUCGACUUCCUACACGUGAAGUACGUGAUCGGUCUGGGCGAAGGAGCCGGAGCGAACGUUCUCGCCAGGUUCGGGAUCGCCAAUCCCUCACGUGUGCUGGGUCUCAUUCUUAUCAACUGCACAGGUAGUGCAGCUUCUGUCAUAGAAAAUUUCAAGAACAAGUUUGUAAACUGGAAAGGAAGUGGAUCGAUGAGCCAGUCCGCUGAAGAGUAUUUGAUAUUCCACAAAUUUGGACAUCAAAUCGUGAAUGAUGCAAAUUCAGACAAGGAUAAAGUGAUGGUGGAGUUCCAGGAGCGAAUAAGGAGCACUCUUAAUAACAAGAACCUCAAGCUGUAUGUAACCGCUUUCCUUAACCGUAAGGAUCUGCCACUGAAGCAGUGUAAGACAGACAUACUGCUAAUAACUGGGGUGCUAAGCUCAUAUGCCAAUGUGGUGGAAAAGCUGCAUCGUGAAUUGGAGAAGACAAAGGCCACUUUACUCAAGAUUGAACGGGCAGGAGACGUCCUCCUGCAAGCACCAGAGAAAGUAGCACAUAGCAUCCUUCUGUUCUGCAAAGGACAAGGAUUGCUCACAUCAUUGACACUGCCUGGAGUAGAGAGGCAGAGGACGUUCUCAGGUAGCUCGGGUGACGGUGAAGGUCGGCCACGACGCCUGUCCCGAGGAAUGAGCAUGGAAGAGUACGACAAGCCUAAUAUCCGACGACUCUCCAUCACUAUCAACAGUGACAAUUUGCCAAACAAGCACAAUUAAACUAUUUUUACAUAUCAGCUACAUACACCUGUUCAUAUCAGAGGACCUGGUAUCUUGUGCUCACUUCCUGUUCCCAGAAUGAGUUGGCUCCUAGUAGAUGAUGAGCAUUGAAUUGAGUGUAAUCAGACUUAUGAUUAUAGGGCCUGGCAUCAUACUGCCUGUAGCAAACAGAAAAUUCUGCUCCUCGUGUUAGGAAUAUAACCAGGCACAACAGCAGACCACCCACCACCUUAACAAAUUGAACUAUUUUUGUAAAUUUGUGCAGGAUCCUAAUGUUACUUUUCUUACUGAUUUAACAGACUAGUAACUAAUGUUGAAUUGGAUCAGGUCAGAUGAAGUUGGGAAAAAUGUACAGUGUUUAGUAAUCAAAAUUAAUAAACAUCAUAAACAAUUAACAGGAUAUAAAGACAAACGGUAACAGUUGUUACAUAAUGAACACCAAUUAAUGUGUCAUAUCAUUUCAGUAACAGUCAUAAAAGGAAUAAUACGUUUUCUAUUCAUACCAUUUACCUUCCACUGUGUUGUAUCUGCAGAGACUUUAUUACAUUUGGUUUGGAAUGCUGUGGUUUCAUCAUUCGGUCAACGUCUUGCAAGAUCAUUUUACCUUUGGCCUGUCUGUGUCAUUGUAGGUACAACUCAGCUUGGUGUCGUAGGGUUGUCUUACUAUCAGACGUACGAGGAGUUGGUUGCAGAGUAAAGUGUGAAAAGUUGUUAGGAGCAGGGCAUCUUUCACUGAGUUUCUGUUUCUGCAAACAUGGAAACACUUCAUAUUGAGUCAGAAGUGUAUUGGGGAGUUUUGGAAGCUUUUUAUAAACCUCGACCACAUUCUUGCUACCAGUUGAUAUUACCCUAAUGCUCUGUUAUACCAGUCUUGUUCUUAACAUCCAACUUAUUACCAUCAGUCUGGUCUAUAUAAGUCUUCCAAAACCUCACGGUGCACAUUUAUCUUGAAGAUGGCUAAUGCAGCAUUUACUAAAAUGUUGGAAAAACCUCAAUAUUCCCCAAAAAGCCAAAGUUCUACGAUAUCCAUUAAUUAUACUACACAAAAUGUAGGUCUACAUUCUGUUCUCUGAUGUUAAUUAAAAGAAAUUGAACAUGGCAAGCAGCUGAUUAUUACAUUUUAAUUACUUUAAAAAAUCCUUCAUUCAGGAUCAGAGCAUACAUAUAUGUUAUAAAGAGAAAACUGUGAACAAGUUUUUCACAGUCAAUCUAUGAAUAUUCAUAUUUUAUUAAAGUAGAAUUUUUGUUAUUUCCCCAGCAGAAAGCACAUACUUCCUUAGGGUUAAUUAUGCUCAUAAUAUUCAGGACUAUAUGUUAAUUCUACAUAGUUACUGGUCUUCUGAAAUAAUGACCAUAGACCCUAAAUAAAAGAGUCAGGAAAGACUUACACUCAGAUAUGAAGAUAAAUGGAAACAUUUAUAGAGAUAUUUAUGGAAUAAUUAGUAAAUUGAAAAAAAAAUUAUUCUUGGUUUUCAUGCUGUGUGAAAUUCAGAUUGUAGGACAAAUAAAUUUGUCAGUAUUACAGUAAGGAAACAGCUGAUGUGUAGUAUACAGUAAUGCAAUUGUACCAUCUAGUGAAGCUUGUUAUAUUGUACAUGACUAGCAGCAACCAUUUUAUAUAGACCUAGUUACAGUAUCACAUAACACAUUUGUACAUGUAGUGAAACAAUAAGUGCAAUCAAGGAUUGAUUUAAUGAAAAUACAGAAAGCAUUGAAUAGUUCUUAGUUUUGUACCUAUUUUAUUUAAGGUACUCUAUAUAUAAUGUCAAUUGUCAAUGUUGGCCAAAUAAAUAGUAUAAAAUAUAUUUUAUAAUAGAUAUAAGUGGAAACAUACGUUUUUGUACAUAAAGUGGAUUUUAUCUGCACUUACAUACAGUACAACACUUGCAUGGUAUGAUAAAAGUACAUUUUAAUUUACAAUGUACAAGCAAUUUGUAAAUGAUGCACAUCAGUUUAUCAAAUAAUAUAUCACUUGAAAAUGA